GCACUGCAGGGUCACUGUGGCGCGAACAUAGCAGGCAAGAAGUGUGGUUUCAUGGCGCUACAGGAUCAGAUGCGAUAUUUCCGCCUCAGGCCGACGUGCUGCAAUAAGAAGAAGCAGGAUAAUAUGAUCAAGUUUAAGCUGCAGUCCACGCUGUCACCGCAGCUCCAAACACCUCAGAUCAAGUGGGGCGAGACAAAUGGUGGCCCGCCCGAGGGGGGUCUGGAAUGCGGGGCGGGGGAGUUGCUGGACAAGCUGGGCGUGCAGCAAGGCCGCGGCGAGGAGUUCGGCGAGGGGGGCAAG